CAAAACCGCAAGUAUUGUUUACUUUCCGGAAUAUUACAAGAUAAUUUCUUAUGAAUGCACAAUGAAAUUUAAGAAGCACACACGUUUCUUACAAAAUUGUAUCCAAUGUCGAAGAUGUUAUUGCAAUAUGUUACCUUCGAGUGAAGUGAAACUUAUAAAACGCAAGCAAACAGAACCUAACCUAAAAUGUGAAAAAGUUGAACCAAAACAAGAAAACUUUUCCAAAGAGUUUAGAGUUAAUGAUGUAAACAUACAGAUGAUAUCAAAAAAUAUAUAUGAGCAACUUUUUAAAACGCCCAGUGCUCCUGUGGAUCCUGAUGUAAUAAAAAGUUGUCAAGAGAGCCUAAUGAAACACGGUAUUAACUACAAACAGCAGACAUACAUGCCAGACGUAGAGUUGAAAUUGCCGAAAUUGGAGGGCAAAGAUAUAGUGGAGCAUUUCUACAAAAUUGGCGAGAAAUACAGUGCCCCAUACCGGGACCUGUUAAAGCAAAUGGCGGAGUGUGAAAUGCCUCCUGUUCCAAAGAAAUGGUUAAGAAGAGCAGGCUGGACUAAAUACACUGCGGACGAGACACAACCUGUCCCGUGUCCGUCGGAUGACGCUCUGGUGCUGGAUGUGGAGGUGCUCAUGUCUGCCGGCAGCAGCCCUACGUUGGCAUGCGCGGUGUCGCCAACGGCUUGGUACGGCUGGAUAAGCGAGUCGGUAGUGCACGAUGAACCACAAAAAUAUCAAGAGUAUAUGAAGUAUGAAGAUCUGAUUCCCUUGGAAACUGACGGGGUUCAACGCGUUGGGGACUUGACCAGGCCAAGAAUUGUAAUCGGCCAUAAUGUGUCGUAUGAUCGUAUCAGGAUUAAAGAACAAUACUGGCUGGAGAAAACAGGCGUUCGUUUCAUGGACACAAUGUCAAUGCACGUGUGCGUGAGCGGCGUGACGAGCUACCAGCGUGCGGUUCUCAAAGCUAAGAACAAGGAGGCGAAUCCGAGCGAUGACGAUUGGAUGGAGAUCAGCUCGCUGAACAACCUUAGCGAAGUACACAAUCUAUACUGCGGCUCGUCCAUAGACAAAUCGACUCGCGACAUCUUUGUCGAUGGUAACCUAGACGACGUUCGACAUAACCUUCAAGAGCUGAUGAACUACUGCGCGGGCGACGUCGCCGCGACCAGAGAGAUUCUAGUGGAGUUGCUCCCGUUGUUUCUGGAGCGGUUUCCGCAUCCGGUCACUUUGCUUGGCAUGUUGGAGUUGGGGUCAGCAUACCUUCCAGUGAACUCAAACUGGGUGCAAUACAUAGAUUCAGCGGAAACUGUAUUCGAAGAUUUGAAAUUAGAAUCCCGCCAAUUGCUAUCACGUAAAGCCGACGAGGCUUGCCGUCUCAUGGAGAACGAAGCGUAUAAAAAAGAUCUCUGGAUGUGGGACCAGGAUUGGUCGACGCAAAAACUCAAAUUAAAAAAGAAUGUAAAAAAGAAAAAAGAUUCGAACGAAGAAGUACAACCGGCCAGUGACGUUAUAAACGAAACCAAAGAAAUUAAAGUCAAUAGAGACUCUAAAAUUUUGAAUGAAGAAUACAUUAAAAGUAUAGAGUUUAGUGAUAAUAUAGAAGAUGCAAGGGAAUUUAAAGAGUUGAGCCAAAAGUUCUCAUAUUUGUAUGACAUGAAAGAAGCGUUGCCGGUGAAGCGGCCUUAUUUAGCCGGAUAUCCGGCGUGGUAUAGGAAACUUUGUACAAAGCCCGGGAAAGAUCCUGAUUGGACGCCGGGAGCUCAUAAUAUUACUACUAGUAUGCAGAUAACUCCUAAACUUCUCCGUCUAUCCUGGGAGGGUUACCCCCUCCACUACAUCAAGGGUGAAGGCUGGGGUUUCCUCGUGCCGUACAGUCGCCAUAGAUCUGAUGAGGAAGACGGAGAAUAUGGAGAACCUUGUCUACCCCUUGAGGAAUUGUUAGCGGCAUGUCCCAUGGCCUUUGUGAAGGAAUCCAGGGGCAGUGAUGAUGUGUAUAAUCUUACUAAAACUGUUGAGGAAGAUUUCGGUCGACGAGCGUAUUACGCUCGUAAAAAAAUUGACGAGCAAGCGGCGGCCAAUCAGUACCACGGGCUGGGCGUGUGGUGCGGAAUAGAGAUACAAGGAUGCUGUCAUUUCCUCCGGCUGCCUCACAAGGACGGCCCUAAGUACAAAGUGGGGAAUCCCCUCGCUCGGGACUUCCUGGACAUGUUCAGUCAGAAUGUUCUCACCGCUCAAGGAAACGAUGCUGAGAAGGUGUUAACGUUCGGCCGAAUGAUGUCGUACUGGCGCAACAACAGGGAGCGCAUAAUGGGGCAACAAGUUGUGUGGUUGCCUGCGGAUUUGUUGCCACCGCAGUUGCAAGAUGGCGGCCGCAAAUACGGAGCAAUCGUGCCGCAAGUUGUUGCGUGUGGGACGCUUACUAGACGUGCCAGCGAGCCCACGUGGAUGACGGCCAGCAACUCGCAGCCGGAGCGCGUGGGCUCCGAGCUGCGGGCGCUGGUGCAGGCGCCGCCCGGCCUCCGCUUCGUGGGCGCCGAUGUCGACUCACAGGAGCUAUGGAUAGCGGCGUUGCUCGGCGAUAGUUCACGGCAAAUUUGCGGCGGCACGGCCUUUGGCUGGGCGGUGCUCGCCGGCGACAAAUCGCGUCGCACCGACCUCCAUUCGCUAGUCGCAGUCGCAGCCGGCGUGUCGCGCGACCACGCCAAAGUCAUUAACUACGCCAGGAUAUAUGGCGCCGGCCAGAACUUCGCUGAACGACUGCUUAAACAAUUCAACCCCACUAUGACGAUAUCGGAGGCUAAAAGCAAAGCGGCUAAGAUGUUCGCCAGCACUAAGGGGCGCAGGGUCUAUACCUUGAAGAAGAAGUAUAUGGAAGGAUUCUUGGAUGAGGAUUUGGAGGAUAAGACGGUAGAAAUGACUGGCUACCAAGCGAUGCGGCUCGCAAAAUUGAGCGGUAAGAGAGUGGAGGAAAUGUUCGAGAGGCCCCGGUGGGUGGGCGGCACUGAGUCAGACAUGUUCAACAAGUUAGAAGAAAUUGCUGAAUCAGAAUAUCCAUCGACCGCAUUCCUCAACGGCCGCCUGUCCCGGGCUCUGGAACAUUCCCACGGGCGCUGGGGCGGAACCCGACUCAACUGGGCCGUACAGAGCGCAGCAGCAGACUUCUUACACCUCAUGUUGGCUAGCAUGCGACAUCUGGCGCCCAGAGCAAGGUUUUGCCUCAGCUUUCACGACGAAGUGAGGUAUCUAGUGGCCGACGAGCACAAGUAUGAAACAGCUUUGGCGCUGCAGAUAACCAAUCUUCUAACAAGGGCAUACUGUUCACAGAGGGUUGGCAUCAAUGAUCUGCCGUUAUCUGUGGCAUUCUUCACGUCCGUGGAAGUAGACCAGGUGCUCCGUAAAGAAUCCAACAUGGACUGUACAACUCCCUCAAACCCACACGGCCUGGAGAAAGGAUACGGCAUACCUAACGGAGAGUCACUAAAUAUCUUUGAUGUACUGCGAAAAUGUGAAAUAAAGACCUGA